AUGCCGAAACGAACCACUCACCAGGUGCCGGUAGCGGAAAAAAUCGCCAAGCUACGAACCUGGCAGAAGUACCCGGAAUGGGCGGUGAAAGGUGCUGUCCAAAACCGCAACGUUAAGAGAGGCACACUCAUCGGAUGGCGCAACCAGUACUCUGAUCCCCAACUCAAACACAUUCGCGUGCCUCCGGAUGUAGGCAAUCGCAUCCGCGAGAAGGGCGGUGGACGCAAGCACAGAACGACUUCCUACGAAUUCGACGUGCUGAGUUUCUACGACAAUUGUGCUCGUGAAGGCGAGAUUCCCAGCCACGCAUCAAUUUUAUCCUACUGCCAAAAUAUCCCUGAGUUCGCUUUAAAAAAGGAUAAAAGCCAGCAUUCGUGGGUGAGGGAAUUUAUUAAGCGGUAUAAAACUCACCACUCUUCUAAAACAAACUCGAACUCAGCGUCUAAUUACAAGGUCUGUCAAGCAGAAGAUGCAGAAAGUGAUAAUGAUCCCAUCCCCGUUAGUCCGACGAAUGACACUUUCACCUCCGACAUCAUGACUCAAAACACUACAGUAAGUGACGAGCGUACAACGCCUGGUAACCUGGAAGACACCACAGCCGACAAGCAGGAUAUUUUUCAUUCACAUGAUAUUGACUCUACAAUUAGCGUUAACUGCUCUACCCCAUCUCCAGGCCAACCCGAAAGUGGAAGUGAGGAUAGCAGCAAUGACGUGAGUGCAGCAAGUGAAAGUGAUGAUAGCAGCAAUGACGGGAGCGCAGCAAGUGAAAGUGAUGAUAGCAACAAUGACGUGAGUGCUGCAAGUGAAAGUUCGGAACCGUGGUGUAGUAACAGUGACUCUGAGACUAUUCACUCUAAGAUGAUCUUACGAUCUGGCAAGCGCAAAGGCUGUACGACGAACUCAAUCGUAUUUACCUACGAGAAAGUUCGUGAUGGCUACAGACCUGCAUUCUCUAUUACCGUGUAA